UCAAAAUUCAAAUUCUUACACAUUACAAUCGGCUAAAUUGCGACUAAAGAAGGCCCCAAUUUGAAAUACGGAACGACAUCAGCUGUUCAGAUCGAGGGUUUUUUUCCUGGUUUUGAACAUUCUGUCACUCACAGAGAGAGAGAGAGAGAGAUCCAUCGGAAAAUUCAGGAUGAAGCCGGUGGUCGGGAUAGUGGUGUCGAACAAGAUGCAGAAGUCAGUCGUGGUGGCCGUCGAUCGCCUCUUCCAUCACAAGCUCUACAACCGCUACGUCAAGCGCACCUCCAAAUUCAUGGCUCACGACGAGCAGAACCAGUGCAAUAUCGGCGAUCGAGUGAGGCUGGAUCCUUCGCGGCCGCUCAGCAAGCACAAGUAUUGGAUUGUGGCGGAGAUUCUUAAGAAGGCCAGGAUAUAUGUGCCACCGUCUCUGGAUAAGGGCGUUUCCAAGACUGACGAAGCUUCGAGCGGCUUGGCCUCGUGAGGUGAUUAUAAAUGUUUUCCGUGUUCUUGUUGUUUCUUGUUUCCAAUUUUAGUAGCCUGUUGUUUGGUAUUUUUAAUCUUGAGAAGAAGUUUGGUGGGCCGUUAAUCUCUCGUCUUGGUUGUUAACAUGUUUGUGAGCUAAUACUUGCUUGUGAAAGAGCCUUUUUUGUCUGUAAAAUGGUUGGUGAUGGAACCUGAAGAUCCAAAUUUAGAUUGUUGUCGAGAACCCCAUUUGACCUUCUUUUGUCGGAGAACUGAUUAUUGGUGAAAUGGCUCAAUAAUAUUUAAAAAAAAAAAAACUUCUUUUGUCAAGACUGAUAUAUAAACAUAAACCUUUUGUCUUGUGGUGUUGUCACCAGUUGACAACAGAAGAUGGGCGUCAAAAUCGUGCACACGUCUA